GUGCAUUUUAAUUGAAUUUGACGGUAAAAUUAAAUUACUAAAUUAGACGCCGCACUAUGUUUACACUAGCCCGGAUUAAGCAAUGUCCAUUCUGAACGAGUUGGUGGCGAGAGACGAAGUUGUCAACGACUUAAUUGGAAGUUGAUUUUAAUGCAAUGUAGGCUUAGAUAUCUAAUAAAUUCUUUAGGUUCCUUCUAAUGUCUAACCAGUUUUUAUUAACAGUUACAUUCUUAAUAAAAAAACAACCAGGUUGAAUUACACGGUUUCCUAAGAGCAAUCAUAUGUUCAUUUCUUUAAAACAAAACUGGAAAUUAGAAGUAGCACCAAUAACAUUGAUUUUUGAACGACUUGCAUUGAAUAACAUUGUCUUAAACUUCUUUCAUCACUUACAGUUCCAGAUUUGAUCUUCUGGGUGGCACUCUUGUCUCUUGUAAAUCUUCAGAUUAAUAAUGGAAAAUCUGGGCUAAAUGCACGUUAAAGAAUAAUGGUAAUUAGUCUGAUAUGAUUAAGCAGCAGUGGUUCAAUGCAUAAUAAUGCCAUUUCAGGCACACUGUAAAAUGCUAAUACUGACCUUUUUAUCAGCAUACAAAUUGCAUUUACAAAGUGAUGCGAUAUUUAAUUAAACCUGAAUUUAAGUAACUCCACGCAGCUAUUUUUAAAAUGUAAGAACCUCUGGUGUUUGUUCAAAGAUGCAAGACAGUGCAGGGUAAUGGAGUGCUCUGCCGAGAUUGAAAGGCAAACAGAGCAUUUAGUAUUCAGUGGCCUAUAUUCAUAAAGUUUUUUCAGUUGAUUUCAACAGCCCCAUUCAGCACAGGCUCUGCCAGGAUAACGUGGCGACAACGUCAGUGUGAGAAAUUCAAAGAAACGGUAAUUUCUCCAGGAAAUUGGUAGUUUGUGGAAGAUGAUUGCUCUGCUCCUCCUCCUCAGUGGUCGGAACAACUUGGUGUGUCAUUUGGAUGGUGCUGGUUAGAUCUUGAAUUUAACACGUCUACUCAGAGGAUGUAAAGAGAAGAUUACUUGUGUGUGAGAAAGAAAGUGACUAACCCAUCUGGGUUGUAUCUAUACAUGAUAUGACAUAACAGGAUCAAUAUAUUCUCUUCUCUGUAAUUGUUCCCUUGACUGUGAACAUGGCAACCCUUUUUCGCAUGCCUUCCCAGCUAGUAUGCGAUGGCUCGGCAGUUUCAGGAGAAAUGAUAAAAUCUUUUUUUUCUCUCUCUCUCUCUCUCUCCUUUUUUUUGGUACUUUCCUGCAUCCUCUCUUCUCCUUGUCCCUCCUUUCCAUCACUGCGCCCUCCAUUUUGUCUGUCUGGUCCACUGACAUGUUUACUCGGGGUGAUGGACACGCGGAGCGGCGCGCCUGUGUACAUCCCGCGCUGAUUUGUUGGGCCAAGUUUGCCCUUUGGACACCUCCGGAGGUGAGGGAUGGAGCCGCUCUCUUAGGAUCGACGCUAUUGAGCUGUGUACACGGGCACCGCGAAGCGAACGGGGCUGGAGUUUUAUGAGCGCGAGAGUGCUCGGUGUUAGAUGGGGGAAUGAUACACAAUGAGAUAUAUAGAGAGGAAGCGGAGGAAGGGAAUUGCAAAGGAAAGACGGAUCGCUCUCCGGAGCUCUCCCCUCUCUCUGAGAAACACGCUGUUCCGUCCUCGCCGCCGCGACCCAAGGUAUUUGUCUUCAGUCUUACUUUCAUCCCUCCUCUCUUCUCCUCUCUCCUCUCCUAUUGACUAAAUCGUUUUUAAUAUUGUGCUGUCCUCGGAUGCCUUGUUUUCCCCACUCCCCCCUUAAAAGUGUUUGCACUGAUUUGUACUAUUUGCAUUUUGGUACCAACUUGCUGUGAAUAGGUAUAUCAAAGGCCAGUCAUAAUUGUUAGUGCAAAAGAAAUUUGAUUGCAGCUGCUGAAAGUUCUGAAAGAAAACUCCAUCGUGUGCAGUUUUCCGUCUAAAUUUUUACCUGUUUUUUUUGUGAACAAUAAGCAAUUUUUAUGAAGUGUUCUGCACAAUCAGUUUGUCUCCCAAUUUGUCUCUUUUCUGUUAGUUUGCUAUAAAUGCGGGGAAAGUAAUUGUCUGUCGGGUGAAGCCUUUCUUAGGGCGGCUUGUCUUGCUUCCCAGUCUGCGUUUUGUUUGACAGAUCUUACAUCAUAAAACCUCUGUCAAGUUAGAUGGCUGCGUUUGCAGUCACGAUCACAAUGCACGCGUGCAGUCCAGUGAUGUCAAGACAAGUCUUAACAAGCUGUAGAGCCCUUGUGUCCAUGUGUACGCAGUAAAAUGUCCAGUGUUAAUAUAACUCUGUUUAACAGCAUAAAUAUGAGUCCAACUGGGACCACAUGUACUCUGUAAGAGGUGAUUUAACACUGACCAUCUUACUGUGUUGGAAACAAUACAUCACUAACAUACAUCUCUCGCAUGUCUUCUGCCUUGUCCUCCCUUCUUUGGCUGUCUGGCCCAGCCAUGCAGCAUAUCUGGCUGUACACAGUGUGUCAGUGCGUGCUGUACAUGUCUGUGAUUUGGGUGAGUGUGAGGAUGUGUGUGGGUAGGGGCCAGCGCAGCAGGGGUGCGGGCUGUGGCAGUGUCUCGGACUGCCUGAGGAUCUGCCUGGGCUGGGCGGGGGCAGUGGGGAGCGCGGCGGCCAUCCCGGUCUCAGUGCUGCUGAACCUGAGAAGCCCCCGGUGCCUGUACACCUGCCUCACCCUGGUGUGCUGCCCCCUGCUGGUCAGGCAGUUCACCGUGUGCUUGCUGCUGCUGCUCACCCUCGACUCACACCUCCAGGACAGACUGGGAGAGAGGUAUGCUUUGUUGGUGAGCCGUCGCCGGGCCCUCCUGGUGGUCCUGCUCAGCUGGGUGGGCUCCGUCCUCACCGCCUUCGCUCAGUUCAUCAGCUGGAAUGUUCUGGACACCUGGGGCCAGUCCCCGGGAGGCGGCACGGCUGGGCUGGGGCUGGGUGAGGCAGCGGGCGCCAACUGGACCACCCCUUCCCCCCCGCCCAGGUACCCCGGCCCCCAGGACCGCUCCGUCAUCGGGCAGCACCUCCCCUACGGCGGCUUCCUGUCCAAGUUCUACGUGAAGGACCUGCGCAACUUCACCUACGCCGAAAUCCACGGGACCCACUGGGGGGUGUGCGCCCUGGACACCGUGCUCAGCCCCCAGUUCCUGGUCUACGUCUACGGCGUCACGGCGUUCCUCUUCCCCCUGCUGGUCCUGCUCGCGCUCUACCUGGACCUGCUUUGCGUGGCGCCCAAGCUGGCCCCUGGCGGCCUGUCCCCGGCCCCCAAGGGCCGCCAAGUGGCACGGUCCCGCUCCCUGGCGCUCUCCCUCUCCCUCCUGGUGCUCCUCUGCCUCCCCCUCCACGCCUCCAACGCCCUCCUGCUCUUCUCCCCGGGGACCCUGCAGCCCCCCUGGGUCCCCGCCCUCGCCUACUUCCUCUUCCAGCUCUACGGCCUGGUUCCUCCUCUCCUCCACACCCCUUCCCUCCGCCAGGACCGUGCUCAGCACACGCCCCGGCCCCUGCCUCCCUCUUCCCCUCUGUCUGUUUCCCCGGGGAAGCAUUUCGGCGUAACGCUGUGCUCAGACGUGCGGCCCUGCGGCAUCUGUUGCCCUCCCCGGGGUAAACGCAAAGUGAAAGUAUACCCCCAGGUUUAAGGGGCCUACAGGGAGAACACACUCCUCUGCUUAAUCUGAGUCACACCCGCAGACUAAAACCGAUGCAACAUUCCUCCUCAUAUUAAAAUAUUGUCAUUCUUAUGGUAUACCUGUGACUAACCACAGGACCAAAUUCAGUUACAGACCAUAAACUUUUUACAUUAAAAAUGUAAUCACCGUGAGCUGAUACUCAAUACAAAAGGUAUUUCUCAUUUUAACAGGUAGCCCAUACAGCACCGCGACCCUAAUCUUACCCUACAGUGAAAUCCAUCAGCAGUGUGCCUUCAGUGAUACUUAGCACAGAAUCAAAAUUGAGUUCAUUACACCUUGUUUACCAAGCUACAGGAAAACACUGCAGUGCACUGAGGCAAAAUGAAUGUCCGUGUGACAAUUCCAUUUUUGCUAUGAUUGAACUUGGAUCUCUGCCUUACACUUAAA